AUGAAUUUAACCGUAGAAAAUUUCCUUAUCCAUUUACGUUUGAAAUUCAUUCUAUUCUUAGUACCGAUUUACUUGUAUGGUAUUGUCAUUUCCGAUGGAACUAUUUUUACAUGGAAUUUUCUCAUUGAAUUUAUUAUUUUACAUGUAUUUAUCUACGGUGGUGUGAAUGCAUUGAAUGAUUAUUAUGAUCGAGAUGAACAUGGUCCCAUCGGUGGUCUAGAAAAUCCUCCACCUGUGCAUGGACGUUCUCUCUUUUAUUUCGCAUGGCUAUGGAAAUUAAUUGGUUUUUAUUUAUCAAUGAAAUAUUCAUCAUCGGUGAAGUUCGUCAUUGGUACUUUCAUCGGUAUUUGCAUGUCUGUUGCUUAUUCUCAUCCAAAGAUUCGUUUGAAAGGAGAUCCUUUCUGGAGUACUCUCACUGUAGUUGCAUUGCAAGGUUUUCUUACCUACUAUUUCGGCACUAUUGUUGAUGCGCGUAACGCUGUGAGUAUAUCAGCAUUCAAAUUUUGGAUGGGAGCAUGCGUGGUCAUGCUUACAACUCUCAGUACGUAUCCAUUAUCACAAGUCUAUCAGAUCGAACAAGAUCGUCUACAAGGUGAUCAGACCUUGGCGAUUUUCUUAGGCGUCGGAAAAACCUUUCGAUUUAGUUGUAUCUGUUUAUUCAUAAGUGGACUAAUCCAUAGCAUAUUGCUUGGAUAUUACUAUCAUUGGUGGGAAGGUGUACUUAUUUUUGUGAAUUCUUGUGUAUUAAUCUGUGGAGUGCAACAAUGGAAGAUCAAAUUUGAACAACAGACAGUCGUGGAAAAUUUCAAAAGUUUACAUCGGUUAUUGACAUGGCAAACUCUUUGUUCAUAUCUGUUUUGUUUUGGUCAUUUAUUGAAUAUAUUAUAG